ACCCCCUGUGACGCAUCUCCGUUGACGAAAGCGUCAUCCUAGAUCGGUCUUUCCUUAUCCGAAAAUAUCCGCCUUUCAAAGCCCUUCAUCCGACCGCUGGUGUUGCGAGCGAUAUCCACAAUGGCUCCGAAAUUUGAUCCAGAGCUGGUCCACGUCGUGACGGUCCGCUGCCUCGGCCAACGUCUCCCCGCGGCGAACGUCUUGGCCAGCAAAAUCGGGCCGUUGCAGCUGAACGUGAAGAAGGUGUGCCAGCAGAUCUGCGAAGUCACCCACGACUGGCCGUGUCAGAAGAUCACGGUUAAACUCACGGUGCAGAACCGGCAGUGCACGGCGGAGGUGAUACCGUCCGCCUCCGCGUACAUCAUCAAGGCUCUCAGGAAAUCGGACAAGCCCAAGAUCGACGGUCAGCGUGGGAAUCUAGCCCUCCACGAGAUCGUUGGGAUCGCCCGCAAGAUGGCACACCGCUCAAUGGCCAAGACACUCGCUGGCACUGUCAAGAUGGUGCUCGGGACCGCCCAGAGCGUCGGGUGCCUAGUGGAAAAUGAACACCCCCACAGAAUCAUCGAAAAAAUUAACGAUGGCAGCAUCUUCGUUCCAUGUGAAUAGAAAACGGGCAUCGGGUUCCUAUGCAAUUGGAGACCCCUGGAUUGAAGCUGUAACUGAACAAGAUUUGUAAGGAUAAGCUGAUUUGCCCCUUUUUGAUAUGUAGGGAUUAAUUCAAUUUAUUUUUGUGGGUGUUGUUAAUGAUUUCAUGAGUCAAGACGAUUUUUUGUUAUGUGGCCCAUAGGUUAUAAAGCGCAUGGAUGAAUUCUAUGUUAAAUUUCUUUAUCCUUUUACAUUGUCCUUGGCUAAGAAAGUAUUAUGUUGACUAAUUAUGCCAUUUUUUCCUUAUUGUCCUGGGCUAAUAAAAUGAAUCAAUG